AUGAGGCCAUCCAGCAAAGUCCAUCUUCUUUCAAAUGCAGAAGCACUCGCAGUCAUACAAAAGCAUUCAGAAACACACCAAAACCAUUUAAGCUUCCUGGAAAAGGUACAGGAGUACUCAAGUUCGCCACUCAGCCAAGAAAACACAUCUAGAACAAAAAAGACUCUGCAAGAAAUGAAACUGACAACAUUCGAGGCGAUCCAGCUGAUCAACAUCAUUCCUGAAUCAAUCCUUAGCCUCCAACUAAUAAUCGAGGACAUGGACGAUAGAUUCACCGAAGAUAAGCUUGAACAAAUACUACGUCUGUUCAGGCAUGAAGAGUUGUAG